AUGAAUAUUUCAUUGAUGGAUUCAAAAAUAGAUGAAUAUGAACAACAAUUAUUAUCAAAUCCGGAAAAAUUAGUUCAACAUCUUAGUGAUCGUUUAGAUGAAAUCGAACAAACACUUAAUGAUGAUGAAAAUUUUUGUAAUCAAGAUAUUGAUUCAACAAUAAAUUAUAUUAAAAUAAUAGAAAAAAAAUUUUAUGAAAAUAUUCAAAAAUUAAAAGAUAAACUUGAAAAUAUUCGUUUAAAAAAUAAAAAUCUAUCAGAAGAAAAUAAAAAACAAUUUCAAGAUCAAUGUAAUGAAAUUAAUGAAUUAUUUACUUCUCAAAAUUAUGAACAAGCUUGGAAAAAAUUUAAAGAUUAUGAAAAAAAUUUUCAACGUUCAACAUUAAUUCAACAUAUACCUAAAUUACAUAUGAAUGAAUUAGAUAUUGAAAAUUUUUUUUCAUCGGAUCAUAAAAUUAAUAAACCAUCGACACAAUCAACAAUCAUUGUUAAAACUCCAGUCAUAACAACAGAUGAUAAUAAUAAUAAACAAGAUUUCGAUGAUAAUGAUAUUCAAAUGACUAAAAAAGAACUAUUACGUCAAGAAAAAAAUAUUGAAAGUGGUUAUGCUGAUGAUGAUAAUGAAGAAGUUAAUUAUGAAAAAAAAGAAGAUUAUGAUAUAUCUAAUUUUGGUAUUCGAUCAAAACGUCUAGAUAAUCAAUCAACAACAACAACAACAACACUAACUAAUAAUACUAUAAGAAAUGAUAAUCAAUCUCCGAUAACAAAUACUACUGGACCUCGACGAAUUCAAUUUAGUACACGAUUAAAAUCAACUUCAAACAGUAAUAAUCUACUAUUUUCUGGUCGUAAUAUAUCUGCUUCAUCAUCAAUACAAAAUAAUCAUGUAAAUUCUCAUGAUAAUCAUCGACAAAUAUUAAAUACAAUGAAUUCACCUCCAUUAAUUCAACAACAAACAAUAUCUACUUCAAAUGAUAAAGUUGAACGUUUGAUUUUAAAUCCUGUUUCACACUAUCAACAUGAACGAAAUAUGUUUCUCUUAAUAACAUGUGAUGCACAAUAUAUAGUUUGUUUUAAAAGUCAACUUAAUCGAUUAGAUAGAUGGCAAUUAGGUACUAUUGAACGUCGUUUUCAUAAAGAAUAUACUCUUAAUUGGCAUGAUGGUCUUAUUAUAUCAAUGGGUUCUAUUCAAACUGGUAUUAUUUAUAUGUUUACAGAACGUGAAUUUUUUAUUUAUUCACUUAAUCAACGUCGUAAACUUGAUACACGUAUGUUACCACAUGGUGAUGAUGAUGGAUUAGAAAUAACUUAUCCAAGAUAUAAUGAAUCACAACGUGGUAUUGGUACUGUAUGUGAUAAAUAUAUGUAUCAUAUUUAUUUAAAUCGUAAUUGUCGUUGGACAUUAUCAAAAAAUCUUCUUGAAAAAUUAGUUCAUCAGUAUGAUUAUGAUUUAACAUCAAUGUUUCCUAAUGUAAGACGUUUUAUACAUUUAUGUGUUAAUGAAAAAACAAUAAAUUUUCUUGUUCAAAUGGAUGAUUCAUCAUAUGGUGUUGUAUUUUGUUCAAUAACAAAUGAUAAUAUAAUACAUGAAAAAUUACCAUCAAUUAAAUUACAACGUGCUCAACAACCAUUAACAAUUUAUUCAGCAUUUAUUAAAUCUUUAAAUCAAUAUAUUUUUUUUAUUAAUGAUCCAUCAAUUGAUAUUUUACAUAUAUUAAAUACAGAACAAUAUUUAGAAUCUUAUUCAGUUGAUUGUUAUGCUAUUUGUUAUGUAGCUGAUAAACAUGAAUUAAUAAUUGUAACAAAUAAUUCCAUAUCUUCAAUAAAUUUAAAUCAAUCAAAUUUAUUUUUUACAAAAUUUUCUAACAAAUGUUUAUCAAAUGUAUAA